AUGGUUUUUAUGCUGGUAAAAUUUGACUUGGCUAAGCGAGUCAAGAUGGCCCAGGGUCUGUGGCUCCUGUACUAGUUCUCUGUCAUGGGUGGGAUACUCGUCUUUAGCAUGGGGCUCUUCUUCCAAGAUUGAGUUUUAAGGAGUGAGACGAUGGACAACAGUGAGAGCCACUUCGUGCCCAACUUCCUCAUCCUGGUAGGUCUGGCCACUUGUGGCAUCAAUGCCUUUGGAGGCAGGGUGUGCCAUGAUUCGCUGGACUGGGCCAGGUCCACCAGGUGGAAGCCUGUGGUGAAGAACUACCUGUGUGGCUGCAUUGCCUUCUGCACCAUCCUGGUCAUUGUGGCUCUGAUGUGCUUCCUGGUACAGGUUUCUCUGCACUUUGCUCUGGCUGAAGGGCUGAAAAAUGGGAUGAAAUACUACAAGGACAGAGGCAUGCCGGGAUGGUGCUUCAUGAAAAGGGCCCUGGACAUGACCCAGAUUGAGUUCCACGGCUAUGGUAACAUCAGAUCACAUAUAGACUUAAUGUCAGCAGGUUUAGAGAUUCGUAUGGUGAGUAACGUGGACGGUAAUUACCUGAUGGACAGGUUUCCCUUCAGCUGCUGCAACCAGCACCACCUGAACAGUAAUUCAGCUCACUAUGACUACGACCAUCACACUGAAGAGCUGAACCUCUGGACUAAAGGCUGCCGUGAGGCCCUGGUGUGCUACUAUGGGGGGAUGAUGAACACAACUGGGACUCUGGUGCUGCUACUCCUGCUUUUGGAGGUGAGUAAAAGUAGUUGUCCAGUUAUUUACAUAAUUCACAUAAUUCACGUGUGUGACCAUGUUCUCUUCACAAAUAGACUGUUGACACAGCGGGACAGGAAGUACUGGACUACUGCUUUGGACACCCUCACAAACCCAGAGAAUCCUGAGAGUGAGAUCGAGGGCCGGCUGCUCCAGAAGUGUGAUGAGACCAUGUCUGACAUCAUGCAGAAGAUAAAGCCCUUCAGCAGAGGAAACCAAGUGUAGGGGGAGGGGACGGACACUGCUGUCUCAGCGAGCUGAGAGGGAGACACCCCCAGCCGGGACUAAGGCCACUCCUACCUCCUACUUGAGGGAGAGAGAAUAUAUAAUUAAGAAGUAAAAAUAAAUAUAAAUAUCUCUUUGUGAUGCAACUAAAAUGAAGUUAGAGCCCUUAAGAACUUUUAAACGCUGAAGACUAAUUGACAAAUGUGUAUCCCCAUGCUAAUAUGUAAAUAUACAUAAUUUAUAUGUAUAAACUAAGUUAGUUUAUUUUUAAAAAGAUAAAACAAUUAUUGUCCUGAAAAAUACAAUGUGAGAUUUGGAAAAGCUUAAAAUUACUAAAUGGUCCUCUUGCUGGUCCAGAUGAAGGGCUCACAUAGUGAGCUUGACUGUAACAUUGGCACAGUUCUUGUUGAGCAGAUGUUUAGUCGUUGGUUUGACACAGAUUUUCUACUGUGGUACACAAUUCAACUGAUUUGUUCAUAUCUGUCUAAUGCUGGCUGAAGAAGCCUGAGUGGACAGUGAUGACCUUCAUGUUGCAGUAUUCGACAGGCAGCGAAGAACAAAAACAGCCUCAGUUUUGUGUCUAGGCUCAACUGUUAAAAUCCACACUGCACUGCUGGCUCAGUGUUAUCUUAACCUGCUGCCACCAAUAAGCUAGGCUUGUAAUAAAUUUACAUGACUUGACAUGACAGUAGUGUGCAGGGUGCAUUAUGUGCAUUAUUAUGGUGGAACAGUGGAGUUGUGAAGCUCUUGGGUUAAAAAUUUCUAUUACAUAUGCAAGAGAUUGCAGAAUGUGACUUAAUAGUGUGAGGCCUCUCUAUAAAGUUGGUUUGUGUGGAAUGAAAUGGAUUUUUUGUAUAGAAAUUUGAAACAUGACAAGAUAAGGAGCAGUUUUGAGGAGUAUCAGUCUGAGGUUAGUUUGUUUUUGGUCAAGUUUUAAAGUAAAAAUUAAGUCAGCCAUCUUUACCACAUAUCCUGUUUUUUUAAUGCGACUACCUUGUUAAUAUUGACAGGAUGCUCUUUCUGUAUACUUCUAACUGUAAAGUCUUACUGCACAAACAUGUAGACAAUACCACGGGUAAAAUAUAAAUGUUUAUAUAGAUGUCAGUUGUAACAGUUUUGUUAUUCCAUUUUAGGAAAUAUCAUUUAUCUUUAUGAUCAUUUCAAAUAAUUUUCUCAGAACAUCUUUUUUUUUUCUUCUUUGCAAAUGCAAAGCCAAUCCCAAGUAGGCCUGUGGAAAGGCAAAGCGGUCUAAGCAGGCAAUGGAUGUUCAGCUGGGUUAAAAAAAGCUGUCAGAGGAAAGCUGUUGGGACACCCAAUGGGUGACCAGCUUGAGCAGACAGGAUACAGGUAAAUGGGAGGGUUUCUCCAUGGGAAGAUUCAGCACAUUCUAAGAUGGUCUUGGCCAUUCUCAGCCAUCCUUAAGCUCUAGUUCAUAUAGCAGCACAAAUCCUGACAACCUACAUGAAUUGCACAAACUCCAGCAGCAGAAAUAGUAACUAUUUAGUACAAAAGUGUAGAGAUUUUAGAUUUAUUUCAGUGAAAAGUCAACCCAGGCUGUAUUUUCAAACAGUAAAUAGAUAAGCCAACAAAUUAUUUUUUGGGGGUUAUUGAACAGAUUUUGACUGUAAAUUUUGGGAGGGAAACGUGUCGCCAAACAGUCAGUCACCAUCAAUGUCAGGCAUCAAUUAUUUAAGUAAGUGUGUGAGAGUGAAUUAAGCUAUAUGAAAGGUUAUAAGACUGUAGGGGAAAAGUGCAUGUGAGAGGAAGCAAGGAGAAUAUGUCAUCAAGAAUUUUCCUCAGCCCCAAAGUCUUUAAAACAGUGGCUGAGGGGAUAAAUAUAACUAAGCAGCUUUGAUGAUUAGUGUAGCCUCUCAGGUACAGUUCAUGUGCAGGUGCAUCUGACACAGCUACAGAGCAAAAAUACCUUUCGAACCUCCCAAAUAUUCACGAACCACCCAGAGUAACCUAAAUCUAUCAUUGCAUAAGAAGCUCUGCAUUUGCUGGACUGUGCUGUAUGCCACUUCAUCUAUGCUUACCGAUAGUCCACCUAGAACCAUUAGAUCUAGCAUGGACAACGGGAUUUGAGAGUGCCACCUUUAAUACCACAACCUCAACACAGCGUCAGAAACAAUUUCCUCAGCAGUGCUUCAGCACAAUACCUAUUAAGAAACAUUAACAUGAUUAACUCCUUACCAAUAAUUUUCACGACGCAGGAACAAGAACAGAAACCACAAACUGCAUAUUCAAAGUUUUGGGGGUUUUUUUGGGGGGGGGGGAAAUCAGACUCUCUGAAAUGCAGUGAGAACCUCUUUACCACAAAAGCUCUCUACCACCUGGCUGAAGCUUCAUUAAAGCCCUUUAAUCCUCUUUACUACAAUAUAACCGAUGAGCGAAAGGAUCUGACAACUGGGGCAUGCUGAAGACCUGCACGCAGCAAACCUCGUUAAUACUUACAGUCACACUACCAGUAAGGCCACCUGACCAAGCUCUGAUGCCUACCGAGUUACCCAUGCUGAUAAAUUCUGAUGCAUGCAGACUGAUGCACAUAACGCACACUGAAGGCAUGUCUAACCAUUAGCAAAACCAGAGUCAUCACUUUUUCUUAUUUAUUUCAUUUUUGUUUUACAAUAUUGUACAAUGUACCCAUUUAUACAAUAAUUCACAUAUUAACAAGUCUUUGAUGUCAUAUUGGUGCAAUCGCAACACUUGAAGUGUUGGUAAACAUGCUUACUGUGAGAGGAAUGGAAAUUCGGCACGACACCGCCGAGACUUUGUGAACGUGUGUGACUGUGUAUUUGCGCAUGUACACGCUGACGAACGGACGCUGCACCACGUCUCGACAUCAGGUUGACAGUCUCCAGAUUCAUUACGACACCCUGUGUGAGUGUGAAGGUAGCCGGCAGGAAUCCCGGCCACUGCUUCCACUGUGGCCAACAAGCUUUUUGGGGAGCCAUGAUGACCGCGACAUCAGGAGGACGCACUACGGACCGCAUUCAGUACAAUUGGUCCUCGCGCGCACCGUGGCGUGCAUAACGCCAACCUGCCAUCAACUCAUAUUUGAGGUCUUAAGGGGAAAUCGUAAUUGAAAUAUUCAAAAAAUAAAACAAAUAUUUAGCAAUGUCAAUAAGAAAGGCAUUUCUUACACAAGGAAAAGGAAUUGAAACAUAAAUUUAUUUAACUCUGCCCCCCAUCCACCCCCACCCCAUUUGUGGGGAAUUUCAUCCAAAAUUCAUUGCAACUACUUAAGGGAGCUUCUACUAAAUCAGAAAAAAGCACCUUUAUAUGCUAUUCAUACUAACUGCUAGUAUUAUCUGUGCAAUUACUUUGUGCAACCUGAUGUUGAGAAGUGGCCGAGUGUCCAAGGUGGGCUUAUCCAGGGUCUAUCCACUAUGAGCCUAUGAUGUGUAUGAUAAACACACACAUCUUCCAGAUUUGUCAACAUGUGGACUAAAUAUAUGACUCUCCAAACAAUUCUGCAACUGCAGGUCAAAAAUCUAUAUCUUGUAGAAGAUACUGCACACACAUCAGUUAAUCAAAAAGAUGUAAUGCUUCCUCAAUCACAAAAGCAAAAUUCAAAUGUUUUCGAAAAGGCCAGCCAUGA